AUGCAUAAUAGAUUACAGACUCGGAGCAGAUUAGCAAAGAUUGGCGUGUGCCAAGAAGAUAGCUGCUUACUCUGUGGAUGCUAUCCAGAAACCAGAGAACAUCUUUUUUUCCAAUGCACUUACUCACAAACUUGCUUGAAAGAUAUAAUGGAGUGGCUGCAAAUUAAGGUGAUAAACUGGGAAAAAGAAGGCACGUGGAGAAGAUUAGCUAGACAGGCUAAAGGAAGUGUGAGCAGAUCAUUUGUAUGGGCAGUACUAGCAGCAGCUAUAUACUACAUUUGGAUGGCUAGGAUUGAUGCAUUUUGGAACAUGAAAGUACCCCAUCCUAGAAGCAUUCUAAAGAAGGUGAUGAUCGAUAGCAAACACAGAAUACUGGAGGUUCUUAAUAGGAAACGUACAUGUAAAGAUAGAAGGUGGAUUGAGGAUAUACUUAGUAGAAUAAAUGUAUAG